AUGGAAGGAGAAGCCGGUCCCAAUGAGUUUAACGAUAUGAUCACAAGGAACAACGGAAGCGAGUUUAGUAGGUUUGUGUCAUUCUUAACGUCACAAUCCGACUACUUUUUCGAGAUUGUCAAUGAUAGACAAGGAUCAGGACGUGUAAGGAGACUCUUGGGAAAAUUUCAAGAGACUGACGAAAUCUUAUUGAACGCUAUCGUGCAUAGGUUCAUUGAUAUUAUGACAGGGAAAUAUAGCUACCUCGUUGCGUUAACCGCUUUUAGAGUCUCGAGGAGCUUCGAGUUGUUUAGACGUACUCUCCGUGACGCUCUUUACUUAGCGAGCGAUGUAAUCGGGUGCAUCGCACUUAACCAAAUGAUUACCGAGUCAAAAGGUUUCUUCAGAGAUCAGUUGCUUCACGAAAUAGCGGAUAACGCUGAUUGGCUAAGCAUGGACGAUUCAGGAAACUUUGUGGUACAACACGUGCUUAACUUGCGUGACUUGGAAUGCACGAACCUUGUAGCGUUUCGGCUUUAUAGUCACUACGUUGCGCUUUCGUCUGAGAAACGUGGUAGCUACAUCGUGGAGCAGGUUCUUGAGUCUGGAUCGAUGAUAGCUUUGUAUUUGGUCGUGAGUAACCUUAUAAAGUGUGGUGGAUUCACGUUGUCGAGGCUGGCUCGGCAUGAGUUUGGGAAUUAUGUUGUGAAAAAGGCGUUGAACGUCACACGGCGAGAGGGCAGGUUUGAUUUGUUUUUGGGUCUCGUUAGGAUGUUGAAGGUGAGUCCGUUUCUUGAUCUCUUGCGUGUGUCUCAGCACGGAAGGAACAUUGUGGCCAUUCUCGAUUCAACAACUAUUAUGUAA